CCCGCCCCCGCGCUCGGGGCCCUCCGCCUAGUAGAGGUCUGGAGCCAGAAGUCCAGAGACAGCCGAGGGCGCCGUGCGGGCUCCGGACGCUCGCUGCUCCGCCCGAUCCCCGCCAACUGUGCAGGCGGCUGACCCGCAGCGGCAGCGGCAGCAGCGAGGACUCGAGCGCUGGCGGCAUCGACACCAUGGAUCUCUCCUUUAUGGCCGCGCAGCUGCCCAUGAUGGGGGGAGCUUUCAUGGACUCGCCCAACGAGGACUUCAGCACCGAGUACUCCCUGUUUAACUCCUCUGCCAACGUCCACGCGGCUGCCAACGGCCAGGGCCAGCCGGAAGAUCCUCCUCGGUCCUCCAACGACGCCGUCUUGCUAUGGAUUGCCAUCAUAGCCACGCUGGGGAACAUCGUGGUGGUGGGCGUGGUGUAUGCCUUCACCUUCUGAGGACGGCACACCCUGCACCACCAUGGGAAACCUUAUUAUUGUAACUUGCUACUCUCCAGAUACCAGUUCUUCAUGCUGAGAGCAUCGGAAAUGUUUCUGUGUCUUACUGAUGUUUUCAUGAUCAACUUGUAAAUGUAACCAGUUGACUUCAUAAAAGGUAUUUUAACUAUUCUUGGAGUCCUUUGCUACCCAAGCACCUGGUUUCACCAUGCGAUCAUCACUGACUUUUCUACAGUGAAGAUUCUUUCUUAAUGUAGGAUUUCGCUGUGCUCUUUUGAUUAAAAAUAUCUAACCUUAAAAGAUGUAAAAAUGUAUCUGUGAAAUCUCACUUUGUUAGCGUUGUUGCUGUUGUCAUUUUCUAUUAUGAUAAUUGAAAAGAGAAAAGAAGAAAACAUGAA